AUGCCGAGAGCGAUUCAUACUACGUAUGAAUUGACGGUCACAUAUGACAACGGAGACGGUCGACAGCUCAGCAACUCAUGGACUACAGAGCUUCGGAGUACCAAACCACGAAACACAUUCUGCAAGUCUAAACCAAUGGCAAGCAAUCCAAAAAUGCUUGCUGCAUUCAGUACUAAAACAGGUAAUGCGAGUCUAUGUGGUUUCAACGAAGGAAAAGAUGUCGCUGUUCAAUUUGACAACAAUGAUGGAAAACUUCCUGUUGGUCUCCCACAGCCGGAUGCCUCAUACCCAACAACUAGCAGUUCAAAGAUUGCUGAAGGCCUUGAUCAGUCAUUCCCAGUUCAACGUACCUUAGUACACACUAUCCAAAUGUCUGGUGACAAUUCGAAAAAACCAAAACCGACACACACUGAGUACAAAGUAACAAUCACGUAUGACGAUGGCGAAAAGCAGGUCGAAGGGUCGUGGAAAAUAAGACUGAACCCUAACCGGGACACUCUUCUUCAGAACGUCAAUGUGACUCACAAAUUCUGUGUAUCUAGAUCACCUUUUUCUGACUCACGUAAAAAAAUUGAAGCAGGACUCUCUACAAUAACAGCAGACCCAAAAAGAAUAGACAUUACCUUCCUAAAGUUAUACAACUUUAAUAGUAGACCAGAAGUCUAUGUAUCAUUUGAUAGUAAUGAUAGUACAGCUCCUAUCAUUCUACCACAACCAGAAGAUUCACCUAUGAUGAAGAGUACUACAACAAAAGUCAAAUGGUCUGACAAAGGAAAAGUAAUUGUCAAGUGUGAAAGACUGCAGACUAGGAAUUGUCCCCAUACUGAAUUGGAAGAGCAUAUAGCUUUACACCAUUAA